AGAAAAGCCAAAAACAAGCGGUUAAGCCGAAAUUAAUCAAACUAUAGGUUACUGACGAAGUGGCCAAGACAUGAAUCAUAGUUUUAUUCAUUCAGUAAAUUUACAGUGCGCUGUAAUCUAGUCUUUAUGGUUUUUACGUCACUACUACUGACCGGAAGUGCUGAGCGAUGUCAAACCCGAGUGAAUGAUUGUUAUUCCCACGAUGUUUUGAAGACGUGUCUUUACAUUUCUCAAUUCAGUACCAUUUUCACCCAGCUCCAAAAUCAUUGAACGCCCAGUGAAACGUGCUGAAGGACGCUCAAACCUUCACCAUGUCCAGUCGCAUCGCUUUCCAGACUCAGCUCGCUUCCAUCAUGGAGGUGCUGGCGAACGCAGCGGUGGCUGAGAUAUGUAAACUCGUAGACGACGACUACGCGGUCAUAAACUUACAGAUGACUCAAUGUCAGCGUGAAAACAAAGCGCUGAAGAGGAAACUUCACGUACUGGAGCUUAAGAUGGCCCGGGGGUUCGCAGAGAGGAGGAUUUAUUCACUGAAUCGCACCAACAGGGUUCAAGUGAGCGCCGCUUUGUCAGACAAAUACAGGAACCAAACUAACGACGUCCUGUAUGGAGCUCAGUUUAACUCGGGACUGUGGAGAGGUGAAGGGACAGAUUCAGCUGCUCAGCCAGCUGUCAAUGAAAGUAACAGUUUGACAGGAGAUGCAGUAUUAUCAGAAGCAGACACAGUGCUGAUCAAGGAUGAGAUGUUUGAGGAGGACCAUACGCAGCAGACACUGUUCAUCAGAGAUGAUGGAGCGAAAGAGACACCAUCACAGACUGGAGAGGCAGGUUUUGGUGAUGUUCAGAUGGUGAGAGAUGAUGAUCAGGUGUCUGGGAUGCAGCAGCCGUCUUUGGAGCAGCAAAGACAGGUGGAAGUCGGAGAAGCAGAAACAAUAGUGAUAAAGGAGGAUCUGAACGACCAGUGGGAAAGAAGUCAGGCACAAACUGUAAUUGUGCAAGAUGCGGAGUCAAACACAGACUUUUGUAGCAGAAGACUUUCUACCUCACCAGCCACAAGCACAGAUGCACCUGGUACAGAGGAGCCCAUAGAGGUGGAAUUGUCCCAUUCGAGUGAAAAUGGACAGGAAAGGAGCCAGAGAACCAACAUUUCUCCAUCCACCGGCCUGCAUGUACAGGGUACUGUUGAGUCCAGUCCAAGUAGGCCUCAACAGCACCAGUACCACAGGUUUGCUGUUCGACCUAGCAGGGGUCUAACAACAGGAGAAACCGCAGCUCUCACAGGCUCAGGACACUUACACAAGGGAACGGUGAAAAGCAGAACUCCACCCACGAACCAGACUCUGCUGAGCAGAGAAAAGACAGCCACUGAAAUCUCAGGAACGGACUGCUUGCUGUAUGACAGACCCACAGAACCUAAAACCAGCAUCAUGCACUGGCCCACACAUCCAUCCUGCUCAUAUACAGAUUCAGACCAGGAUCAAGACUGUAUGCUGGUUCAGUCAGAGACUGUGUCAUCUAUUAGAAGCACCAAAGGUGGACAGGAUGGAGCAUCAUCUACUCGAACACAUGCUGUAAGAAAUGCAGGAGCAGCAGAGAGGCCUUUAAGAGAAGAGGAAAGGUGGUCUCAAGCUGCCAUUUUGAGGCAAAGCCAAACUGAAGCCUCAGGUCAAAUCAGUAGACCCGAAGUGAUUCAGACGGAGACUGCAAGAAGAACAAACCCUUCAUAUUUCACUGUGAUUCCCCAAAUGAUGUCUAACUUACCUCAGCCUGGGGCUUCUCAUACCAGGCUGCAACUCCCGAAUCACAUGGAGAAAGGUAGACGGAAAAGCUACGUUUGUAAGUAUUGUGGAAAGGCGUUCCCUGGGUUGUCCAACGUUGUGGCCCACCAGCGAGUGCAUACAGGAGAGAGGCCCUUCAGGUGUGAUACGUGUGGGAAGCUUUUCACAGAGGCAGGCAACCUCAAGAAACACCAAAGAGUUCACACAGGAGAGAAACCCUUCAUGUGUCCCCGCUGUGGGAAACGAUUCGCCUGGAUCUGUAACCUCAAGACCCACCAGCAGUCGGCCUCCUGCGGAGGAGUCUGAUAUAACACGUCUGGUGACAAUGCAGGGCUUCCAACUCAUGCCUCUUAUGAACCCAGCAGUCCUCUGAAUGUCAAAGCAAUAAUUAUAGUAUUCAUGGAAUAAUUUACACAUGGAUUGAAAGGGGCAUACGAAAUAAAAAUGGAUACAUUUAUAGGAAUAUUAAGGUCGGUAGAUUAGCAUCGGUUAAAGCAAUUUGUCUUCGGUGUUUUAAAGGGGGGGGGGGGGUGAAAUGCUCGUUUUCACUCAAUAUCCUGUUAAUCUUGAGUACCUAUAGAGUAGUACUGCAUCCUUCAUAACUCCAAAAAGUCUUUAGUUUUAUUAUAUUCAUAAGGGAAAUAUAGUCUGUACCGAUUUUUCCCGGAAAAACAGGACUGGCUGGAGGCGUGACGUGUGGGCGGUGUUAACUCACUAGCGCGAGUAAGCUUUUGCGUUGAGAGCGUUUGGAAGCUGUGACAGCUGUGAAGGCUGAAACUGAACGAGAGCAGCAGCAGCAACGACUCGCUCCGAGCGGGGCUCGAACCCGGGUCUCCGAUGGGAGGCGGAUGCACUAACAAGGAGGCAGAGAUAUUUUAAGCAGUUUUACUCACCGCAUGCGGUUCCAACACACGAUCGUGACCCUUUUUCGUUGGGACUGCAUUAUCCUUAGGAAAUAAACGAUGUGCAAAUCCGGCGUCAAACUGGGCCUUGUUUGUAAAACAAGCAUUUUCGAAAUGCAGGGAACAAACAAAAACACUUGCACAACUCCAUUGGUGCUCUGUAAAAAUAAACUCCAUCCACUGGUCCCUUAAUGUUUUUUUUUUUUUGGUAAUCUGUGCAGGGUUGUCUUGCCCUGGCAACCAAAAACACACUCCUUUUGUGACAUUUCGCGAAGCUCUUGCUCUAAUCAGUGAAUGCCUGUGCUCUCUCAGUGCUCUGCUAUACGGGAGCGCGCUCUUCCGGCAGAAGUGCCCUUAUAAGGAAAUUCCGCUCCAUCUAACGUCACACAGAGCCAUACUUGAAAAAAACUUUCGAAACUUGUGACAAACCGGAAGGAGUAUUUUUGGAACAAAAAUACUCCUUCAAACGUACAACUUAAUUUUUGAAACUUUGUCAAUGUUUAGCAUGGGAAUCCAACUCUUUAACAGUGUAAAAAACUCAGUAUGCAUGAAAUAGCAUUUCACCCCCCCCCCCUUUAAUGUUGACUGUCCAUGAAUUUUAAUAUUAAAAGUGAGCAGCAGGUGGUGCCAGAGCACAAAAAAAUGGAGCUUCCUUUUGUAUUACCCUACGGUAUAAACGGGUUUUGCCAUACAAAAAGUCUGCCGGUUUUAAGUACUUAUUGUAAUUAAAGGUAUUUAAACUUGAAGAAAUAUGUUUGUACGUUAAUAAUACGUUGUUUAUCAUGUCACAAAACAUUGUUUCUUUGGAAUGUUGUGGCUACUCAACUCUUCACAGCAGCCCGGCUAGCUCAGUCGGUAGAGCAUGAGACUCUUAAUCUCAGGGUCGUGGGUUCGAGCCCCACGUUGGGCGCAAAUAUUUUGUAGUGUCUUAGUUUGUUGUUUUCCAGAGAAUAGUUAUGCCAUCAUAAUCUGAACUCCAAACAGUGAUCUUAUAUUUUUUCAACACCUUGCAUAUCCAGUAUUUCCAUAUAUAUAUAUAUGUGGACAGUUGAAAUUCGUUUUUAAAUAUUGUAGAUGUCUGCAAGAUUAGAGUGCUGUAAAGAUCUUUUGAAACCGAUAUGAUUCAUUUUUUAAUCUAAAAGUUUAGUUUAAAUCGUAAAUUGUAGAAUCUGAGAAUUAAAAAUGGAGUUAUUUCUUCCAAAAACUAAAUGUAAUACUUGAAAUAAUAAUAAUAAAACACAAGCGAGAAAUUAAAUA